UAUGAUUAAUUUGGAAAAUUUUGAUCAAACAAAAUUCAAAAAUCCAAUUCUUGAUAGGUAUGAUAUCUUCAAUACAAAAGUCCACGAUCAAUUUAGGCUUGUCGUUUAAUUGGAAUUCUACCUCAAGAAUUAAUUUAGAUAAGUUUAUAAGAAUUAAAAUAAAGACGACCAGAUUUGAAACUGGACAAACAAGAUUGGUAAAAAUUCUGGGAACAUCAAGAAAUAAAAAGAUAAUAAAAACUAGAAGCUUGUAUUGAGACUAGAUAAUAAAUUAUUCAAGCAGGAGGUAUGUAAGGAAAUGAAUAUAAUGAAUAAAACUUUAAGGAUUCAAGAAUGUCAGAUCAAUAAAGUAAUGCAAUUGAGAGAGAGAAAAAGGAAUUGGAGAAGAUGAAAUAACGAUAGCAAAAAGAAAUAGAUUAAAUGUUGGAGUAUGAGAGAAGAAUGUAAGAAAUUAGAGAGAGAAAUGAGGAGAAAUAAAGAAUAUAAAUUGAAAAAUAAAUGAGAAGAGAAUAAGAAUUAUAAGAAAAAAGAAUGUAAUAGGAAUAAGAAAAAUAAAUGAGAGAGGAAGAGAAAAAAAGGAAAUAAUAAGAUGAAGAGAGAUAUAAUAAAUAAUUAGCUAGUGAACAUUUUAGAAGAGAAUAGGAAAGAGCUAAAAUGGAAUAAGAAAAAUAAAUCUAUUUAAAAAUGGAAGCAAAAAAGAAAGAAGAAGAGAGAAGAUUAAAAUAAAUGCAAUUCUAAUAAUAAACAUAAUAAAUUUAAUAAUAAUAUGAAGAAGAAAUGCAAAAGAAAAGAUUAAUUAUGUAACAAAAAGAAGCUGAAAGAUUAUAAACUAUUGAGAUUUAAAGAUAACAAAGAAUUUAAGAAUCAUAACAAGCUUAAUAAGAAUUGGCUUUAAAAUUAAUGAAUGCUAGAGUUAAAUAGGAUGAAUAAUUGUCUAAUAUGAAGAAAGUAUUUGAAAUUAGUAUAAUUAGUCUUUUGAUUUAAAAUAAUAAAAAAUUGAAUAGAGAAGAAGAGAAUUUGAAGAAAUGAAAAUGUAAAAGAUGUAUGAAAAUUAAAUGUAAGCAUUAUAACAUCAAGAGAAAAUUAAGGAAGUUAUGGAAAAGAAUUAGAUGCAAGAAGAAAAAAAGAAAUAUGAUUAUUUUAGUAAAUUAUAAGAGGUAGAAUAAAGAAAGGAAGAAUUAGAAAGAUUAAAAUAAUAAGAAAUAAUUUCUAGGAAAUAAUAAAUUUAUGAAAAAGAAUUAUAAAGACAAUAAGUAUUAUAAAACAAUGAGUAACAAUUGAAAGAAAAGACUAAUGAUUUUCUUAGGAAAUUUUAAGAAAAGGAAUAAAUAAUCUAUGAGGUAAGCAAUAAUUCAAUUAUUUAAGAAAUAAUUUGAAAAAUAAUAAAUCUAACAUGAGUAAAAAGUUAAAGAGCUUUUAAAGGAAUAAGAUAAAAAGGAAGCCUUAGAAAGAAUCAUGAGAUUAUAAGAAUAUGAGAAAGAAUUACAAAGAUAAAAAUUAUAAGACAAAAUGAGAAGAGCUGAAAUUUUAUAACUGGAGAAAAACUAAAUGUUAGAAUAAAGAAUGUUGAUCAAGAAAGAGAUAGGAUUUCAAAAAUAAGAAUUAAUGCAAAAAUUAGAGUUAGUAAAAUUAGGGAAACUUGAUCCAUCAGCUUUAAAUCAAGAUGGUAAUAGUAUACGAGCAUCUAAUAGUUUACAGAACAGUUAUCAUAAUGUUAGACGUAUAAUAUUAAAUUAUUAAUAGCCUCAACUGCAAAAUAUUAAAAUACUCUAUCAAAUAAAGAUAUGAGGCAUAAUAAAAGGCCAAAAUCAUAAUAAUAAAAAGUAUUUACGAAUUCUUCAAAUACUUAAUUUGGUUCUUCAAAUUAAGGAAAGUUUAGUAUGUCUAAUAAAUACGAAAAUUAGAUUGAUUAAUUAAAAGUUAGAUAAAAUUAAGAAAUGAUAGAUGUAUUAAUUAAUUUAAAUUAAUAGGUUUUAGAAGAGGAAUAAUAAUUGGAAUUUGAAAGAGAAUAAGCUAUGGCUAAUGCAAAAAAUUAAGAAGAAUAAAAGAGACUUGAGAAAUUAUUUCAGAUAGAAAGAAAUAAAACUAACUAAAGACUUGAUUAAAUUAAGCGGUAAUUAUAUAUUGAUUAAAAAUUAGAGAACAUUAAAGGUAAUUGGAAGAAUUCAGAAAUUAAAGCUGA